AAUGAGCUUUCCCAUUCGACAAAUGCCAAAAUAAUACAACACCCACACCCACACGUACACAGCCAAAAACAAUCGACGAUCCAAUUCGAUCAAAUUUUCGAUUGAAUUUUACCGCGGGGAUUCGAUCUCACACAAUUUCUACCUCUAAAUUCCAUCUCGAGAUCAUUACAUCAGGAUCGGGAUUUCAUGCCGAUCCGAAAAGAUCCCAUUCCUGUUUUUUAAUGUUCUUCUGGGUUGUCGCCAUCCCUCUCGACUCCUUCUGCUCGUCCUUUUUCUUUCUCUCCAAACUCCAUUGCAAUCUUCGCCCCGUUUCUGUAUUUAUUUACAUACAUAUAUAUAUAUAUAUAUAAUAAUAUGUCUUUGACCUUUGAAUUUUCUCCGCAUUUCGCAAUGCCGAAUGGGCAUCCUUUUUCAAUCGAAUCAGACCCAACUACUCGCCGGCUCGAAGAAACUUUGCAGCUCCCUGUUCUUCGGAUUCGUCUCCUCUGCUCGAAAACUUCCUCUGUACAGUAAGUUCUUCACCAUCAGCUUAAAUCCGAGCUGCUGUAAGCCUUUCGAUCGAGAUCCUUAAUUUCGUGUAUUUAUUGCGGAAAUUUUAGCUGUAGAGAUUUUCGGUAGCUGAGGUAAUUGGAUUUUGUGAAGCAAUUUGGUGCUGGCUGUGAGUCCGGGGUGUGGAUUUAGCUUUGGUGUAGUUUCUAGGGUUUGGAAUUUGGGGAUAAUUGAAAAUUUGGGGGUUUUUUAUUUUUCCUGAUCGAAGGUUCGCUUGUGAAUUUGAUGAAUUGUUUCUAACUGGGAGAUGGUGGAGCUGAUUUGAUUGAUCGGAGGAUAUUUGAUCUUCAUCAUCAGCUCAUGAACUUUUGAGAUUUGAUUGAUUCCCUGAUUUUUAACAUACAUCGCUGUUCAUCUGCAAUUCAAACCUCCCCGGCGAUGGAUCCCAAUUCCCUGAUUGAAAUCAGUGAAACUUCCCACCAAUUUUCCGGCCGGAAUUCGUCAGCACAGCGGACGGCAUCGUCGUCGUACUACACGGUGCAUUCAAGGACUUCGAGCACUCACUCCAUCGGCUUAAGUGAGCAAGGUUCGAUCCAUGUCCGGCACGGAUCGAGGGGUGCGGAUUUCAUUGACCAGGGCUCGCGGCGGGUGCGCCAUGGCUCGAGAGGUGCUGAUCAGGAAGGGCUCAGCACCUCCUACAAAGAGAUCAGCGACGACGAUGCCAGGCUGAUAUAUGUGAACGAUCCCGACCGGACUAAUGAGAAGUUUGAAUUCGCCGGAAAUUCGAUCAGGACCGGAAAGUAUUCAAUUCUUACAUUCCUGCCGCGGAAUCUUUACGAGCAGUUCCAUCGAGUCGCAUACAUAUACUUUCUCGUGAUCGCGAUCCUCAAUCAGCUCCCUCAGCUGGCUGUGUUCGGUCGGGGAGCCUCGAUUCUGCCGUUGGCAUUCGUGUUGUUGGUCACUGCCGUUAAGGAUGCGUUCGAGGAUUAUCGGCGUCAGCGAGCAGACAAGAUCGAGAACAACCGAUUGGCUUGGGUUUUGGUGAACGAUCGCUUUCGAGAAAUGAAAUGGAAGGAUAUACGCGUCGGCGAGAUCAUUAAAGUCUCUGCGACGGAAUCGAUUCCUUGCGACAUGGUGCUUCUCUCGACGAGCGACGCCACCGGAGUUGCUUACGUACAGACGACAAAUUUGGACGGAGAAUCGAAUUUGAAGACGCGUUAUGCUAAACAAGAGACGCAAAUUAAGGAUCCGGCGAACGAGAGGAUCACCGGAGUGAUCAAGUGCGAGAGGCCCAACCGGAACAUUUAUGGCUUCCACGCGAAUAUGGAUGUCGACGGGAAGCGUAUAUCGCUCGGUCCAUCGAACAUAAUUCUACGCGGCUGUGAGCUGAAGAACACCGAUUGGGCGAUCGGUAUUGCGGUCUAUGCCGGGAGAGAAACGAAAGCGAUGCUCAACAACUCGGGAGCUCCGUCGAAAAGGAGUCGUCUCGAGACGCGGAUGAAUCGGGAGAUCAUCUUCCUUUCGGUGUUCCUUGUUGUGCUGUGUACGAUCGUGUCGAUAUGCCAUGGUAUUUGGCUGAGGAACCACGACAACGAGUUGGAUCUGAUGCAGUUUUACCGGAAGAAGGAUUAUUCGAAGGACGAAGACGAAGAUUAUAACUAUUACGGAUGGGGCAUGGAGAUAUUCCUCGUGUUUCUCAUGUCCGUCAUCGUCUUCCAAAUUAUGAUUCCAAUAUCGUUGUACAUUUCGAUGGAGCUCGUUCGUGUAGGUCAAGCUUUUUUCAUGAUUCGGGAUACUCGGUUAUACGAUGAGUCGUCGAACUCGAGGUUUCAGUGUCGAGCACUGAACAUAAACGAAGAUUUGGGGCAGAUUAAGUAUGUGUUCUCCGAUAAAACCGGGACACUCACCGAGAACAAGAUGGAGUUUCAAUGUGCUAGCAUCGGUGGUGUCGAUUACAGCAACAGCGAGGAUUUAGGCGACGAUGGACGGACCGGAUGCUCGGUUCAAGGCGAAGGGUGCGUUCUGAAGCCGAAAACGAAGGUGAAAGUUGACCGUAAUCUUCUCGGCAUAUUGAAAAGAAAUGACACUGUUAAAGAUCGUCAUGCUCGUGAUUUCUUCAUCGCACUUGCAGCUUGCAACACUAUCGUGCCGAUAAAUGUGGAGACUUCUGACCCUUCUGUUAAGUUGAUCGAUUAUCAAGGGGAAUCUCCCGACGAACAAGCUUUAGUUUAUGCAGCUGCAGCUUACGGGUUUAUGCUCGUCGAAAGAACUUCAGGUCACAUAGUCAUCGAUGUCCAUGGGGAACGACAAAGGUUCAGCGUCUUGGGACUGCACGAGUUCGACAGUGAUCGGAAGAGGAUGUCGGUAAUAUUAGGAUGCCCCGACAAGACGGUGAAGGUUUACGUGAAAGGUGCAGAUACGACCAUGUUUAGCGUCGUCGAUAGUUCGCUGAAUCCGAGCAUGGUCGAAGCGACUGAAUCUCAUCUCCAGGCAUACUCGUCGAAGGGCUUGAGAACGCUCGUUGUCGGGAUGCGGGAUCUGACCGCGUCCGAAUUCGAGCAGUGGCAAUCUGCUUAUGAGACUGCAAGCAAUGCUCUGAUGGGGCGGGCAGGAUUGCUCCGAAAAGUCGCAAUCAACGUCGAGCAUAGUCUCGGCUUGUUGGGUGCGUCGGGGAUCGAGGACAAGUUGCAGCAGGGCGUUCCCGAGGCGAUUGAGUCAUUACGGACUGCGGGUAUCAAGGUGUGGGUUUUGACCGGGGACAAACAGGAGACGGCAAUCUCAAUCGGGUACUCGUCGAGGCUGCUGACGAGCGGCAUGACGCAAAUAGUAGUGAACAACAACUCGAAGGAGACGUGUAGAAAGAGCUUGCAAGAUAAUAUCGGAAUGUGUAAAAAGCUCAUCUGCGAUGCUCGUGGCGUUGCCAUGGCUGAAAUCGCGUUGAUCAUCGACGGAACGAGCCUCGUUCAUAUACUGGACACUGAACUUGAAGAAGAGCUUUUCGAACUGGCGAGCAAAUGCACAGUGGUGUUGUGUUGUCGAGUAGCUCCCUUGCAGAAGGCCGGAAUCGUCGCCUUGAUUAAGAGCAGAACAGACGUGAUGACUCUCGCAAUUGGCGAUGGUGCGAACGAUGUUUCGAUGAUCCAAAUGGCUGAUGUCGGCAUCGGAAUCAGCGGGCAAGAAGGUCGACAAGCUGUGAUGGCAUCCGAUUUCGCGAUGGGCCAGUUUCGAUUCUUAGUCCCGUUGCUAUUAGUUCACGGCCAUUGGAAUUACCAGCGAAUGAGCUACAUGAUCUUGUACAACUUCUAUCGAAACGCCGUGUUUGUUCUCAUCUUGUUCUGGUACGUGCUCUACACGAGUUUUACGUUGACGACUGCGAUCACCGACUGGAGCAGCGUACUCUACUCCGUAAUCUACACCUCUGUUCCGACGAUAGCUAUCGGGAUUCUCGACAAGGAUUUGAGUCGAACGUUUCUGAUGAAUCGCCCUCAGCUCUACCGAGCGGGGCAACGGGACGAAAGCUACAACGGGAAGCUUUUCUGGGUGACGAUGCUGGACACGUUGUGGCAAAGCGUUGCCGCCUUCUUCGGCCCGCUGCUCGCCUAUUGGGGAAGCGACGUCGGCGGAUCGAGCCUCGGCGACCUGUGGACACUCGCGGCCGUGUUGAUGGUCAACGUGCAUCUCGCGAUGGACGUGAAUCGAUGGUACUGGGUAACCCACGCCGCCGUUUGGGGAUCGAUAAUCGCUACGUUCGUCUGCAUCAUGGCCAUCGACGCUCUUCCUUUCCUUCCCGGUUUCUGGGCAUUCUUUCAUGUAGCUGAUACUGCCCUGUUCUGGAUUUGCCUGCUCGGCGUCGUCGUCGGGGCGCUCGUUCCUCGUUUCGUUGUCAAGGUUUUCGGGCAGUGGCUGCGACCCAACGAUAUCCAGCUCGCCCGGGAGAUGGAGAAGUUUAAAAAUUCGUCGUCGGAUUCGGAUUCGGGACAGCAGCAAGUAGAGAUGAGCAGGAUCUUUGAUCGUCGAUGGAGCUGAGGAAACAGAAAAUGGUGAAGAUGACGAUGGCUGUUCGAUCUAAUCUGAUGAUAUUUUUUUCGAUUUGGAUUUUGGAUUUGAAUUUUUGUGUAGCUUUCUGGGGAGUGUUGUUUUUGUUUGUUAACUCUGCAGAAGGGCUUUAGUUAGUUAGUUCAGUCAGUUAUAGGUUCUGCAAUUUUUCCACACACAACUAUAUGUAAUUGUACAUUAUUAUAAUCAUUUAUGACCCAAAAAAAAAUGAGAAAACUCUGAAUUUCGCUU